AUGGUGACGGAAAACGUUGUUGUGCUGACGCUGCUCGGGUACGACGCCCUUUUCUUUCUGAAUCUUUUCGACUACCACGUGCUGAAUGGCGAUGCCCCAGGCCACGAUGUCCUUUACCGCCCGGUGUACUUCUUCGACAAGUACCGCAUCCCUCUCUCCAAGGAAAGGUUUCUACUCUUUUUUCACAUCCUGACUGCCGCGGCCCCGCUGAUACUGUCGGCCACACAAUGCUGGAAGCUGGUAAGGAGACAGAGUUUGGCAGUACACCGCUGGACCGGCCGCAUCUGUAUUGCAUCAACGCUCUUGACCAUCUACCCUUCUUACAGGCUAGCCUGGCAAAUUGACACAGUGAGCGUCUACUUUCAAACUGUCAUCGCUGCGCUCUCCGGUCUAUGGCUGCUUUCCGUUGCUUUGACGUGGUACUACGCUUGGAAGCGGGACAUCCCGCGCCAUCGCGACUGGGGCAUUCGCUUCGCAGCCUACACCCACACCAUCCCGGUGCUUUCGAGGAUCGUCUCGAUUCCAGUAUGGCUCGCUGCAGGGUCUCCGCCUUAUGAGCUAUACCCUGAGCUAAAAUCAUCGACUCCGGAGACGUUUUGGCAAGUUGUCCUUUUCACAGCGCUCCUGCUCUUCCCCUUAUCUGAGAUGAUGGUGCACUUCGCUCGGCAGAAGCCAAGAGCGCAGCAAUUUCGAAUCAAGAAGCAGGAGGACGAGGAGGGCGGUUCCGGGGCGCUGGAGCCCGAGGAGGACGAGUCGGGACCCGCCAAGAGUGGAUGGGACCGUCUGAACGCCAAGGUGGCCCAAAUCCGCGAGGACAAGGUUGAGAGCCACGCGUUGAUUUGCAAGCAGAUCGGCUGGGACGUGGACUCUAUCGAGGAGUCGAACGCGCGACAGCUGGCCUUCAAAGAGUAUUCCGUGAUCGACGAAGCCACCGAAGCAGAGAACGCUCGCUUCCUGAAGAAGCAGCUGGAGGAGCUCGACGGAGCUGAAGAGAGUGAAUGGAACACGAUGCUUCUGAACUUCAACAGAAGCUUUACGUGGCCGCAGCAUGCCGCAGCAUCAUCAGGAUUGGACAAGCAUGCCGACUAUGCCGCGCAGCUUGAAGAAAGUCUGGAGCCGGAAAAGACAGAUUACGCCUCGACGAUGCUGUUCCUCGGCAGCGAGUGGGGGGAACCCCGCGACCUUGGCACCUUGAAGUAUUGCGUUAGAAUUGUGGAGCUCGACAGGGAGACAGAUAAAGAGAAGCCAUCCGAGCAUGCACCGAUGUCACAGGAAGAGUGGGACGGCUUGCUGCAUCGAGUGAAGGAUCGGUUUGACAAAUCCAAAGGCCUCGUGGUGCGAGCGUAUGUCUUGUCUGGAGACGGGCUCAUGCCCCCCUCUGGCAACUCCGACUGCUCCAGCUACGUCUGGAGUCGCGUCGACUCAGGAGGCGCAGACCAAGAUCCUGUCUACAACUUGAAAGACAACCUAACGGUCCGACACCACACGCUGCACCCGCAGUUCAAUAAAUGCCAUGCCUUCUCCAAUGUUCGCUUUCCAGAUAACAGUGUGAUGACCCUUUCGCUGGUGGAGGUCAUUCCAGCAAGCUUCACAUCCGGUGCGUCAGAGCCAAUCGGCCGCGACAACCUUGACACCUUUCAUGCCCACUCAUAUCCUGCUUCCUAUUUUUGGUCAGCGAUCAAGGCCACUAGCCCGAGUUUCCAACUCCCAGAUGUUCGCACAGAUCUCAUCUUGUCCGUCCCGCUGCAAGGAAUCUUUUGUCAAGAUGCAAAAGAUGUUAUGUUCAAGCUCUUGUGCAAUUAUGCUUUCAGCAGGCCCGAGGAGAGGUGGUUCAACUCGCACUACCAGGAGAUGGUACAGACGGACGAAGUGCCGAUCGAGUCCCGCCACCUCAAGAUCGCUGGCUCUGUCUUCAGCAAGGGCCAUGUUCGCUUGUGGCUGGACAUCAUGUACAACCAGCGGCGCAAGGACUGCCCGGCUCCUGAGGCUUUCUCACAGGAGCGUCCGAUCGAGUCGCUUCCAUCGACGGAGCCCUUGCCGUUUGAGCUUCGACUGGCCGUGUUCAAGGUCGUGGACAUCCAGACACCCGAUGGCUCAGUUCCUUCCGUGAAGGCCAGUGGCAAGAUGACUCUGGACAACGGGACGGAGCUCUUUGAGGAAACCGACACUCACUUCGGAGCAGAUGACUGGACCGCCACUCUGAACUGGCGGCUCAUCUUCAAAGACGUCAUGAUCCCUUGCAAACAACCCAGGCUAACGGUCCAGAUCUGGAACGACAACAUGCUUGCCUCGGACGAAGUGCUGGCAGAGGUAACCUUGGACUUCUCGAAAGAUUUCCUCAUCGCGAGGAAGCAGAAUCGGGUGGUGGACUUUCCCAAGGGCUCCUUGCACAUGUUCCAUCCCGCCUUUCCCGGGGAGGUCCGUGGAGUUAUUGACCUAGAGGCAAUCCUCCUCCCUGCGGACGAAGUUCGGGAGCGGCCUGCCGGAGCGGGCCGUGAAGAGCCGAACCAAGAUCCGUUCCUCGACCCAGACGACCCGCAUUUGCUUGCGCAUCGCAGCCGCAUCGCCAAUCUGGCGAUCGUGAAGAAUGUCAAAGCCUUGGCCGGCGGCUUGUUGGCGGGUGCGCAGCUGCUGCUGAUGCUGAAGAUGAUCGCCAUGGCAUGUAGCGGGAUCUUCGCAGCGAUCAUGUCGAUUCUCAUGGUAACCAACAAUCGUUGA